AUGGCGGCCCUCAGGAUCGGAGUCCUGGCGCUGCAAGGAGCAUUUGCUGAGCAUAUGGAUACGCUUUCUAAGUUUCCGGAUGUUCAGCCUAGCUUGAUCAAGACCACGGCAGAUCUCGCAGGAUUAGAUGGUAUCAUCAUCCCGGGCGGCGAGUCGACCGUCAUUGGUAAGCAACUGGCGGCUUCAGAUCUUGGCGAUGAAAUCAGAGCCUUCUCCCAGCAGCAAAAGAAGCCCAUCUUUGGCACAUGCGCCGGGUUUAUCCUGCUUGCAGAUGAAAUCACAAAGACAACGAGCACUGGCAUCAAGUCGCAAAAGGAAGGCGGACAGUACAUCCUCGGUGGCAUGUCCGUCGAGAUUGAGCGCAACUUCUUCGGCAGGCAAAUCAACUCAUUUGAAGCGCAAGUUGACUCGGAAAUUCUCGGUGCCGAGCCGUUUCAUGCAGUCUUCAUCCGCGCACCGGCUGUCCUUGCUGUCCAUGGUGAUGCUCAAGUCUUGGCAAGCGUCGAGCAUGCAGGCAAGACUGUCGUUGUUGCAGUCAGGCAGCACAACUUCUUGGGCACCUCCUUCCACCCAGAGCUCACAACAGAUAACCGAUGGCAUCAAUACUUUGUGCAGAUGGUGCGUGAA